AUGGCUACCUUCAGUGCCAAAAGAGACGAGAUUAUCCGCUUGUUUUGCGACUGUACAAAACAACAACAAAAUAAUAUUUUAUUAGAGCUCCUGCUGCAAUGUGAGCCUUUGCAAUUAAGAAUUCUAUACUCAGAGCUCAAGCCUUUACUAGCCGUAAAUUUUGUGGCAUACUUACCUAGCGAAUUGGUUGAUAAGAUAUUUUUCCUUCUGGAAGCCAAAGAUUUAUGUAACAUAGCCAUGUGCAAUCGGCUGUGGCGAGAGAAGGCCAAUAACAAUGCAAUUUGGAAAAAAUUAUGUACAGAUAAAAAUUGGAUCAAAUACGGUGAUGAUCAAUCUUUAUUAAAUAUUAAUAACGAAACAACUAUCAACACAACGCCAGCGCAGCAUCAAAUUUUGUUAAAUUCUCUAAAAUCAACCUUAAAGACAUGUAGAUGGAAGGAAAUAUAUAUUAGAGCUUAUUUACUUAAUCGAAAUUGGAAUACGGGUCGUUAUACGAGUAUCCAUACGUUACGUGGCCACAAGCAAAGAGUAAUAAGUCUAUCAUGUGAUGGCAAAUGGAUCGUAUCAGGAUCUGAGGACAAUGCAGCUCGUAUAUGGGAUCUUUAUACUGGCGCAUGCAAACAUGUAUUAGAUAAUCAUACUGAUUCAGUUCGUUGCUUGACUUUAAAGAACUCUGUGCUAGUUACCGGAUGUUUCGAUGGUAUCGUACGAAUUUUCGAUGCUAAUACAGGAAGAUGUUUAAGAACUAUCAGAUUAUGGGAUUUCUCUACUGGACGUUGUCUGCAUGUGAUGCGAGGCCAUACAGAUGAAAUACAGGCCAUAGAAAUGUAUAAAGAGUACGUCGUUACUAGCGCUUGGGACGAUACUAUCCGAUUGUGGGACAUUAAUUCUGGGAAUUAUAAGAAAAUUUGGAAAAACGAUGCCGGUAGAGCUAUUAGACCACCUUUAAACAUCUUAUGA